UUUUCUAUUAAUUGAUUUCCAUGCAAGAUAACGACUCUUCUAUUUUAAAAUCAAUUACGUACUUCAUUGAUCAUUCGAACUCGCAAAUAAAUACUUCGAAUUAAUGCGAAACUCCUGUAGCCGAUGGAACCCUUUUUCAAUUGAACGAGGCAAUACUCUAUAAUAUAGCUGUAAAUGAUUAUUCUAAAUUAGGAUAUUCCCAACCCAUCAUAAAACAAUAUUAUCAGUAUCUUAAAAUGCUAUAACUUGAAUAAAAACAUGUAGAUAGGUUUAGGAGACAACAAUAUUUUAUUACUUAACUCUUUUUCAGAUAUUAUUAAGCACAAGGAUUAAAAUAUCCAUGAUUUUCUAAACACCCAUCAAAAUAAUACAGGUAACAAUAUUUUUAAAUAAAUAGAUUAACAAAAUACUCCAUCUCAUAUCUUAAACUUGGUAGAAAAGGCAAAAUAAGCUUGCUUCUCUCAAAAUAACAAUUUAAAAACAUCAUCUAUAAUAAUUUAAGGAAAUAGUGGAUCAGGUAAAACUGAAGCUUUUAAUAUGAUCCUAAACUAUAUAACUGUGAAAUCCAAUAGUGAAUUAUAAACAAAUAAUUCUCCAAGCAUUGAAAAAAAUAUUGUAUCUACAAAAAUCAUACUUAAUUCUUUUGGAAAUGCCAAGACAAUAAAUAAUCCUAACUCAUCCAGAUAUGGUUUAAAUUUAUAAAUUCACUUUGACAAUUAAAAGAAAAUCAUCGGUGCAAAAAUUAUUACAAUACUGUUUGAAGAAAAUCGAAUCAUAUAAACAAGAAAAAUGAAAAGAAAUUUUCAUAUAUUCUAUCAAUUAUAUAUUGCUUAUUAGAGAAUAUAAGACUUAAGUAUAUUUAUAAUAUAUUUCUAGAACAUUUUGUUUAAUAGAAAUAGGGGUAAUUUAAAGGUAUAGACGAGGAGAUUGGAAAAUUAGAACUUAACUCUUACUUUGCCAUUUUAGGUUCUCAGCAUGAUAAUGAAUCAGAUUAGCGAUUUAAAGUGGACGACUUUGAAAAUUUUAAGACACUCCUGUUAGCUUUUAUGGAUCUUAAUUUCAGUUUAUAAGAUAUUAUAAAUAUAAUUUAAUGUCUUGCUGGGCUUAUUCAUUUAUAUGAACAUAAUUUUACUAAGGCUUAAUAAUUGUUGAAAAUUGAAAAUCUUGAGACCGCUAUUAAUUCAAGAAUUUCAAACUCCAAUCAAUAAAGCAAAAAGGUUUAAAUGGAGUAUAUCAUCAAUAGUAUAAUUAUGGAUUUCUAUAAUAAACUAUUUUAAUGGAUUCAAAAUAAAAUAAAUUUAACUCUUUCUUCAGGAUUGGAUGAAAAUUAAUAAUAUAUAUUAAAUAUUUUUGAUAGUUUUGGACUAGAUAUUGUAGAAAAUGCAGAAGGAGUUUAAAAAAAUAAACUGGAAUAGUUAAUGUAAAAUUAUGUCUAUGAAAAAUUGUUAAACACAUUUUAUAAGCAGAUAAUAGAAAAUGCAUAAAGUAAAUGUUAUAUAUUAAAUCUACAGAUUUAUUUCAAUCAGAAAAAUUGUCUCCAUAACUUGAUAAAAUUAAAACAAAUGAUCAAACAAUAGCAUUAUUCGAAAAUGUCAUAUUCGAUUGCUUAAGGAAUUUCAAUUAGCAAUAGGACAAAACAUUAAAGGACAUGAUUAAAUAAUAAGUUUAAAAUUUUGGAGUUGAAAAUGUUUUCGUAGCUGAGCCAAUAAUAGGGAAAAACUUAAGAGAAAGUCAGAGAUCUCAAUAUUAGAUGUAAAGCAAAAUUGGAAUCAAACAUACAGGAGAUGAACUACAUUACUAUAUUGAUGCUUUUAUCGAGAAUAAUACUUUUCCAGUUAGGGAAAAUAUACAAAAUAUUAAUGUGUUAAGCUAAAACUAAAUAAUUAAAUCAUUUACGCUUUAACCUUAAAAUCAAUCUAGAGUACAUCAAGCUUAAAAAGCCAUCAAUGAUUUGAUUAAAUCAUUUGGAGUAUCGUAAACAUUUUUUGUCAAAUGUUUCUCAACAAAUUAUGGGUAAGCGAAUUCUUAAGAUAGCAAAGUCAUAGAAACUGAAUUAAGGUAAAGUGGAAUAGAGUAGGCUGCUUUGCUAUUAUAUUAGUCCUAUUUUUUAAGGAUACCUAAAUAAGAAUUUGUUGCUAAAUAUUUGGAUAAAUUUCAAACUAUUAAAACAGAAGAGAAGUUAAUACAUUAUAUCAAUUUUUGUAACAUUGAUAAAGAGCUAUAUUACUUUGGAUCAAAUAAUGUUUUAAUAAAAGAACAUUUAAAUAAAAGUCUUGAUGAUGUUUAUUAAAAACAUCUAGAAUCCUUACAUUUGGAUUAAGAGUAUAUUUCAUAUUCUUCGAAAGUAAAGGAAGUCAUUUAAAAUUUUGAGAGCAGACGUCAGAAUAUAACGAACGAAAUAUAAAAAAGGGAUGCAUAAAUAAUUAUAUUAGAAAAGAAAGUAGCAGAGUUAGAAAAAUAUAAUUUAGAAUUAUAGGAAAUACAGAUAUCUAUUUUUAAAAAUAAUGCUUAGUUAAAGAAUUAGGUGCAAAAGUAUUUGGAAUCGUAAGACAAUUAAGAAAACCAGAAGUAAAAUGAAGAAAGUAUUGGUUAAUUUAGAUAAAUUUAAUGA